AUGAGUCUGGUGGGAGCUUACAUGCUGGGCCGAGUACACGGUCUUCUAAUUGUUCGCAUUUGGCGUUUGAGUGCGACAAAGAUGGACACAAAUGAGUUCUUUGUUGUUCGAAAGUAUGCGCGGGAACAUACUUGUGAAAUAAUGCACAAGUUUCAGGAUCCACGGACGAUUUACAGACCUACAGAUAUCAUCAACGACAUCCGUCGAGAGUAUGGGGUGGUUAUGAGUUACCAGAAGGCCUGGAAGGCUAAAGAAUAUGCAUUGGAAGAUUUAAUGGGUUCGACAGAGAAUCGCUUCAAGUAUUUUUUUAUGGCUCUUGGACAAUGCAUUAGAGGUUUUCGUAAUGCGAUGCGACCUCUAAUUCUAGUUGAUGGUACAACCCUAAGAGCUAGAUAUGAAGGAAAGUUGAUUAUUGCUACUUGUCAAGAUGUCAAUAUCCAAAUUUACCCUCUUACAUUUGACAUUGUCGAUGGAGAGAAUGAUCUAGCAAUGCGUUGGUUCUUCACGAAGUUGAGAGAAGUAAUUGGGAACAUCGAGAACCUUGCAUUUAUGACUGACCGGGGGCAAUCAAUAAUAAAUGGUAUAGUCGAAGUUUUUCCAGAAGCACAUCAUGGUUAUUGCAUGUACCACAUUCAGGGCAAUCUGAAGACUAGGUACCGAGGUAAUGACAUUGUUGCAUUGUUUAGGAGAGCUGCAGAAGUUUACAGUUUUGAAGAGUUUACAAAGUUCAUGGGCGAAAUAGAACAUAAAUCAGAAAGUGCAUGGGAAUAUCUAUCAGAUAUGGGGGUCGAACAUUGGUGGUUUUAUGACCGACGUGAAGAAUCCCAAAAUUGCAUGAGUGUGCUAGCUCCGGCACAGGAAGAUCGACUAUUCAAAACUCUGGAAGUGGCAAAAGCUCUAUUUGUGGAACCACUAGAUCAAUUUCGCUUCUCCGUGAGAUGCGGGCGUAAUGUUGGAUACAUUGUAAACUUGAAUGACAAUACCUACACGUGUAGAAAAUUUCAGUUGGAAAGUUUUCCAUGUGCAUAUGCUGUCGCAGUGGCUAUGUAUAGAGGAUUUCCACCACACAACUUGUGCAGUCAUUAUUAUAUGACUGAUUUUUGGAGAGCAGCGUAUGCCGAAACUAUAUUUCCUCUACCAAAUGAAGCCAAGUGGGAAGUUCCUGAUUAUAUUGUAGCACUUAAUAAUUUGUUGCCACCUGAAGCUCCACCGCGUACUCCUGGUCGUAGACGGACGUCUAGAAUACCAUCUACAGGAGAGUUUCCACAACCGCUACAACACGAAUCCUACUGA